UAGCAAAUCAAUUGGAAUUUGAAAAAUUGUUAUUUCUAAUUUUUAUCAUUUUAAGCCCGCCGCGAACAACUGCGAAACGGAUUCCUCACCAACAAAUAUGGCUGUAAAUGUACGAGGCGGAAAGUGUAACCUAUCGCGUUCUGAGCUUAUUGAUUGGCUAAAUGGUCGCCUAAUGUCUUAUUAUACCGAAGUCGAAGAACUUGCCGAUGGAGCUGCCUAUUGUCAACUGAUGGAUAUGCUCUUUCCCCAGGCGAUGCUGAGUAUGCGUCGUGUUAAGUUCGGCACACUGUUGCCCCGCAAUUACAUUCACAACUAUCGAUUAUUGGGCGAUGCAUUCCAAAAAAUGCUUGUUGAUCGCGAGCUGCCAGUGCAGCGGUUGGUUGAGGGAUAUCUUGUGGACCACUGGCUUUUUCUGCAGUGGUUUAAGUGCUUUUUUGAUGCAAAUUAUACAGGGCGCCCCUACGAUGCUCUGGCCGAGCGCAAUGGCAGAGCGAUGGGUGACAAAAACCACCGCAAACAUAUUCGCGGCAUCUAUAGAGAGCUUGGGGCACCUGUAAUGGAUUACAAGAAGGAGACCUUUUUGAAGACGAUAACUAAUGCUAGUAGCAUAAUGAAUCAGAAUUCGCCCUUACGUAAUGCACCUUUGGAUCAAAUAGUUCAAGAGCUUGAGGUUAAAACACAGUCUAUGCGUGUAGAGCUAAUUGAUAUAGAGUGCAAGCGCAAUAUUUGUUUCCAGGGAAUUUUAGGAAUUGAGAAAUUAUGCAUUGAGCUUAAUAAGGACUUGAAAUCGAAGCAGUUGGCCCAGAGCAUUCUUCAAUUGAUCUCAGGAUUUGGCAGUCGUGAGGGAGGUACGAUGACAAAGUAUGCCGAUGAGGACCGUAACGAUGGCGAUGGCGACGGUGCGAUUGUACAUUGGAAAGAAAAUGAUACUUACAAGAAUUUAAAAAAAUCUUCAUAA